AUGAGCGGAGCUGUGAACUUUGCAGGUAUUUUGGCUUGUCACUCCUCUAUAAAUGAGAUUGGUAACCUGUUAUGUGGUUGUUUGAACUUAACUACUAAAUCAUGGAUCGUAGAUUCCGAGGCCUCAAACCAUAUGAACUUUAACAAGAAAUUGCUUAAGAAUAUUAGGUCUCUACCCUUUCCCUUUCUAGUUACACUACCAAAUGGCUAUAGAGUAAAGGUAACUGAAAUUGGGGAUGCUUGUUUAAGUUCAACACCGACUUUGUACAAGGGCCCUUCACUGAAAAGCCCUCUGGUGAUUGGUAGAGCAAGGAAUGGACUCUAUUUUCUAUGCUCAAAGUGCCACCAUGGUCCUUGUUUUUCAUCACCAAUUUCUGCUGGUUCUAUUUUCACUCCUCCUGAUUUUCUUUUGCUGCAUGUUCUAUAUAAACAAGCUCUCUAUUCACCUACUUCAUCUGUAAAUUUGGUAAUUCUGAGUAAUAAAAAAGCUUGUUCUAACAAUGAGAUUUCACAGUGUUCUGUUAAUCAUUUCAAUUCUGUUGAUUCUGGUUCAUCAUACAUAUCUCAUGAUUCUAAUGUAGAUCACCUGUGGCAUAAUAAGUUAGGACAUGUACCAUCCCAGUUGCAUUCUCACCUAAACAACCUUUCACCUGCACAAUUUGCCCCAUGGCUAGGCAAACAAGAUUGCUCUUUCCAUCCUAGACCAUAAGUAUCUCAUCACAACCUUUUGCCCUUCUCCACAUAGACUUGUGGGGUCACUAUCACACACCGACUUAUGAAAACUAUAAGUACUUCAUCACCAUAAUUGAUGACCACGGUAGAGCAAUUUGGAUACAAUUACUCAGUUGCAAGAGUAAUACUUUGGCAACAAUAAAAACCUUCAUAACACUGAUAGAAAGCUAGUUUCAAACCCACAUUAAGGACAUUAUAACUAACAAUGGGCUGGAAUUUGUCAAUAAAUAAACCAUACCUUUUCUUGAAACCAAAGGGAUAAUACAUCAAAAGACUUGUCCAUACACACUACAAUAAAAUGGUGUAGUAUAGAGAAAGCACAAGUAUUUACUUGAAACUGCCAGGGCAUUACUAUAUCAGUCCAAGCUUCCAAUAAGAUAUUAGGAGAAGUGUAUUCUCACAGCGACUUACCUAAUAAACAGACUACCAUCCACAACUAUUCAAAAUAAAACACCCUUUGACGUCCUAUAUUCCAGGCAACCUACUUAUUCACAUUUAAGAUCCUUUGGACGUUUGUGUUUUCCCAGUACACUCAAAAGUCAUAAAGAGAAAUUUAAACCUCGGUCCACCCCCCAUGUGUUUAUUGGAUACCCCUUCAACACAAAAGGUUACAAAGUCCUUAAUCUACAUACUAAACAAGUGCACAUUUUAAGAGAUGUACUAUUUUAUGAGUCUGUAUUUCCCUUUGCUCUUUCAUAGCCUGAUGCUAGUUUUCCUUCUGUGUUGAGGCACCUUAAUUCUAAUCCACAAUUUUAUUUCACAAGAAAUAACUUGGAUAAUGAUGUGUUGAACAAACCACCCUAGUUUCUAUAUAGAUUCCACUACUGAUUCUAACUCAUCUGAGCAUUCUACGCCACAUACUGCCACUAGUGAUCUCAAUCAUUUAUCUCAUGAUGUUACCACUUCAUCACCUGAAUAGGACACUAAACUAUCUUAACCUGACAGUCCUACCUUACAAGAUUUAUAUCCAACUUUUGCACUCAAACGAACCAGUAGGAUACACUCGGUACCACCUUAUCUUAGUGAAUACAGAUAUACAUUACCAAACCUUCAACCACAAGCAUCACAAACAAAUAGUACCACUGGUCAAUACUUUUCACUCACUAAUUUUGAUCCUGAUAGUCAGCAAUUAGUGAAAAUCAUCACUCAUGAAUGUGAAGUGAACUCUUAUGAAGAGACAGUCUCAAGCCUUGCCUGGCAAACAGCUAUGACACUUAAAUUUGAGGCAGUAUAUGCUAACAAUACUUGUAGUUUAGUUCAUAUCCCUGCAGGAAAGAGAACUAUAGGUUGUAAAUGUGUCUACAAAAUCAAACACAAGGUAUAUAGGACAGUGAAAAGACUCAAGGCAAGACUUGUGGUAAAGGGGUACACUCAACAAGCUAGUAUUGACUAUACUGAAACCUUUUCUCUAGUAGUUAAGAUGACUACAGUUAGAAGAAUAAUCAGUCCAGCUAUCAAGAAAGGUUGGGAUCUGUUUCAGUUAGAUGUAAACAAUGCAUUUUUACAUGGAAAUUUGAAUGAAGAACUAUACAUGGGUCUGCAGGUGGAUGAUAAAAUACUUGUGUGCAAGUUAAACAAGUCGUUGUAUGGACUAAAAUGAGCUAGUAGACAAUGGUAUGAGAAAUUAACAAAAGCAUUAUGUUCAAGGGGAUAUUCACAUUUAAGUAGUGAUUAUUCACUGUUUUCCAGAAGCAUGGAUCUGUUACAGUUUUUGUUGCUGUAUAUGUAGAUGAUGUGAUAUUAACAGGAAAUAAUUUGGAAGAGAUGACAUCUCUAAAAUCAUUUCUACAUGAACAAUUCAAAAUAAAAGACUUGGAAAAACUUCACUACUUCCUAGGCUUGGAAGUCCUAUAUAAAACAGAUGGAGUGUUGAUUUCACAAAAAGUUCACUACAGACUUGAUAAGAGAGUUUGACUAUUCCCAUUAUAGUGCAAUAACUUCCCCACUGGAUCCUAUCAUCAAACUGAAAGCAGAUCAAGGAACCCCACUAUUAGAUCUAACAUAUUACAGAAAGUUAGUGGGAAAGUUAAAUUUUAUCACAAGUACUCGAUUGGAUAUUGCAUAUAGUGUACAACAUUUAAGACAGUUCCUACAGGCAACUAAAGAACCUCAACUGAAGGCAGCCUUCCAUGUACUGAGAUAUUUGAAGAAUGAACCCAACAUGGGGAUCUUUUCGUCCAAAGAACCAACUUAUACUAUCACUGCUUACUGUGAUUCUGAUUGGGCAAUAUCCUCUAAUUCCAGAUUAUCAGUAAAUGGGUACCUAGUGAUAAUGGGUGAUUUUCCCAUCAGUUGGAAAUCCAAAAAGCAAACCACUAUCUCACUAUCUUCAGCAAAAGCAGAGUAUAAAGCAAUAAGGAAGGUGGUGAGAGAGUUAGUUUGGCUUGAAAGACUGCUUCAUGAACUAGGAAAAGCCCCUUCUUUACCUAUCUUAGUCUUUUGUGAUAGUAAGGCAGCCAUUCAAAUUGCAAGAAACCCGGUGUUCCAUGAAAGAACCAAGCACAUAGAGAUGGACUGUCACUUUGUUCGAGACACGAUUCAACAAGGGCUUGUGACGCUCCUCACACCUCAACUCUUGAUCAAUUAGCAGAUAUUCUGACAAAAGCACUCACAAGUCCUAAACAUUCAUCUGUAUUACACAAAUUGUCUGGAAGCAUCUCCCUUCCAACUUGAGAGGGGGUGUCAAGAUUGGUUAGUUAGUCUUAAAUUAUAAAUAUCUGUACAUUAUUAGUUAGUGAGUUAGUUAAUAAUGAUCCAGCUGUCACUUUAGUGGACCAACUAAAUACCUUCUUUUUCUCUUCCUUGUACUAUGUAUAUAAGCUGUUGAGUUGAGUAAUGGAAGUUACAAUUUUUUCAUUUGCCAAAUC